CGCUACAAAUGUCACAAAGACGACGAAUCUCUUUCCUCCCCUCACUCCGCCACCCACCCCCUCCGUAGUCGACGGAGCUCCCGAAGCGCCGCCCACCUAUACAUACACCGCGCCGUGUAUCUAUAGGCCACAGCCUCCUUAGUAUAUCGCAUUUCUCCCCCCUCCCUCUGCAUUUUCCGUCGCCCGAUUCGAGAGGAUGCAGAGCUCGGCGAUCUCGUUCUCUCCGCCGAUUUCGCUUCCCGGGAAGCGCGGCUCGUCGUCAUUUUUCCGGUUCGAUCCCAUCUCCCUCUCUCCGGCCAGAGCGGAGACGCAGCCGUUGCGCAUUGGCUCCGCCAUCGCUGCUCGGAGGCUGAGUCCGAUUCGAUGCUCGUCGGAUUGCACCUCCUCGGCGCCGAAACUGAGCCGGGAUGGGUGGAUUUCGACCCCGCUGCCUGCUCAGGAACGCGAAUCGGGCGGUGUUGAGGUCCGUGCUACCUCUGUACCAGAGAGCGCCGGAGAAGCUUCGCAGUCAAAGGGCUUGAUGGACACGCUGGUGCUUGGAUCCCUCUUCGGGCUAUGGUACCUGUUUAAUAUCUACUUCAAUAUCUAUAACAAACAGGUCCUAAAAGCCUUCCAUUAUCCAGUAACAGUUACUCUUGUUCAAUUUGCUGUUGGCUCGGUCCUUGUUACUCUCAUGUGGGGUUUGAAUCUCUACAAGCGACCUAAAAUCAGUGGUGCACAGCUUGCAGCAAUCCUCCCUUUAGCAGUGGUGCACACCCUAGGAAACCUUUUUACCAAUAUGAGUCUUGGAAAAGUUGCUGUUUCCUUCACUCAUACAAUUAAAGCUUCGGAGCCCUUCUUCUCUGUUCUCCUCUCGGCUAUGUUUUUAGGCGAGUUCCCUACUCUUUGGGUUGUGUCUUCUCUUCUUCCCAUCGUUGGUGGAGUGGCAUUGGCCUCAAUGACUGAGCCCUCUUUUAAUUGGGCUGGCUUUUGGAGUGCCAUGGCAUCUAAUUUGACCAACCAAUCUCGCAAUGUUCUUAGCAAAAAGUUUAUGAUCAAGAAAGAGGAAUCGUUGGACAACAUUACUCUCUUCUCUAUAAUUACAAUCAUGUCCUUUUUCUUGUUGGCCCCAUUUACUCUGUACUCGGAAGGAGUCAAGUUCACACCUGCAUACCUGCAAUCUGUUGGGCUGAAUGUCAACCAGGUGUACACUAGGUCUCUUAUUGCGGCUCUCUGCUUCCAUGCCUAUCAACAGGUAUCUUACAUGAUAUUGCAAAGAGUAUCUCCAGUCACCCAUUCUGUUGGUAACUGCGUGAAGCGAGUGGUGGUUAUUGUCACAUCUGUUCUCUUCUUCCGUACUCCCGUAACAACAAUCAAUGCUCUUGGAACGGGUGUGGCCCUUGCUGGAGUCUUCCUGUAUUCGAGGGUUAAACGCAUCAAGCCCAAGCCUAAAACAGCUUGAAGAACGGUAAUUAAUUAAUUUUUACUGGGAUGAAGCACGGUCAUGGUCCUGGUCGCAAUUUUCCCGUUUCGCUCCCCUCUCAUUCUUCUUCUUUCUUUCUCCAUAUAUAGCUGUAAGAAGUGUCACAGGAAAAAAAAGUUAAUAAUUGCUUCUAUUCAAGUUUCUGCUAUAGAGGAAGAGACCCCCUGUUUCUCAUCUUCUUAUAGAUGUAAUUUGUCCAGACUUUGAAAUGUAGGCUGUAGAAUUUGCCAUUUUACAAUGUUUUCAAUUACCAUAUUAGUAUUUUGGAUAAUUU